CCAGUGCCGGCCCAGACGCCGUCGUGAGGGGACGUGUAGCGCUGCUCUCAUCCUUCCUUAUCACUUUUUUUUUCCCCUCUUUAGUACAUUUGCUUGAGGUCUCUUCAUCUUCUGUUCCUGUUGUCACUUUCAUCCUGUCAGGAUGGACGGUGAGCAGUUCAGAGCAGCGUCCAGGCAGAUGACUGAUUAUAUCGCAGACUAUCUCACUAACAUCAGAGAAAGGAGAGUGUUACCAGAAGUGGAACCUGGGUAUCUACGACCACUGUUGCCAGCACAAGCUCCUGACACCCCUGAUGAGUGGAGUGAUGUUAUGGCUGAUAUUGAGAGAGUCAUCAUGCCUGGGGUGACUCACUGGCACUCCCCUCACUUCCACGCCUACUUCCCUACUGGAAACAGCUACCCAGCUAUCUUAGCUGACAUGCUUAGUGACGCUAUCGGCUGUAUCGGCUUCACAUGGAUAUCGUCGCCGGCAUGUACUGAGCUGGAGGUAGUCAUGUUGGACUGGCUGGGACAGCUGCUUGACCUUCCUAGUCAGUUCCUGGCUGCUUCAGGAGGCAAGGGUGGUGGUGUGAUACAGGGAACGGCCAGUGAAGCGACAUUGGUGGCCAUGUUAUCAGCUAAGACCAAGAUGCUGAAACAAGUGAAGAAAGACAAGCCAUAUAUGGCGGACAACGCUGCUGCUGCCCUGGUUGGCUAUGGUUCUGACCAGGCACACUCGUCCGUGGAGAGAGCAGGAAUGAUGGCAGGAGUGAAGAUGCGCCAGGUGGCUUCUGAUGACAACUUUGCCAUGCGUGGCCCUCAACUACGUGAAGCCAUACUCAAGGAUAAGGCGCUGGGUCUUAUUCCGUUUUUUGUAGUGGGAACAAUGGGAGCUACUCCAGCCUGCUCCUUCGAUAACCUUCGCGAGAUCGGGGAAGUCGCGCAAGAAUUUGGUCUGUGGUGCCAUGUCGACGCUGCCUAUGCCGGGUCCGCUAUGGUGUGUGAGGAGUUCCGCUAUCUGAUGGACGGAGUGGAGUUAGCUGACAGCUUUAAUUUCAACCCCCACAAGUGGCUGCUGGUCAACUUUGACUGCUCGGCCAUGUGGAUAAAGGAUGCCAGUGAGGUGGUAGAGGCUUUCAAUGUUGACCCUCUCUACCUCAAACACGAGCAACAGGGACAAGUACCUGACUAUAGGCACUGGCAGAUUCCUCUGAGUCGACGGUUCAGGUCCUUGAAGCUGUGGUUUGUGAUGAGACUUUAUGGCAAGCAUGGAUUACAAGCCCACAUCAGGAAGCAGGUGGAUUUGGCCCACCAGUUCGAGACUCGCGUCAAGAAGGAUCCCCGUUUUGAAAUCAUUGCCCCUGUUACACUUGGCUUAGUCUGCUUCCGACUUAAGAAGAGGAGUAAUGAGGUUAAUGAGACAUUACUCAAGAAUUUGAAUGCUGGAGGGGUCAUCCACCUAGUGCCAGCCAAGAUCAAGGACACUUAUUUCCUCAGGUCAGUUCAGGUCAGAUUCUGCCAGGUCACUCCUCAAGAGUGAUGGUGAAGGGUGUUU